AUGCCCGUGAUCAACUCGACGGCGUUCGAGGUCACGGAUCUGGAGACGGAAGAGCUUAUGUUCGUCGGGAGAAAGACGGAGAUAGCGCUGCUCAAGUUAGCGAAGCUGAGCGGACUACAGGAAGACGCAAUUGACGUCGUCGUCAAGCUGGACGAUAGCAGGUGUCGCGUAUACCUCAAGAGGGCGCAAGCGACAUCCUUGCGCGGAAGCGAGUCGACUGGUGUCGACACGAGGGAGAUGGACGACCUGGCAAGGGAUAACGUGUCGCGGACAAUCUUCUUCUAUACGAAUUGGAAGCUGAGAGCGACUGCGCUGCCCUAUCGUGACUUCGAGUCCUGGCCACCUGCACGUGCGCCGUAUAUUGCGCAGGACGAGAUUGAGUAUGAAGACUUCAUGCAUGCAGGAUAUGACUCUCAUCGCGAUCACGGGUAUCGGAGGCGCUCUCAUCGGGAUGCUUUCGCGGACUGUUUCCAAGCUGGCGUCACUGUGAAGAUCUGCACGGGCGACAUUGUCCUUACGCACGGCGUGCCCUUCGUAUUAACAUUUCUCGCCGACUUUUUCCCUCCACAAUCUAAACGCAUAUUCCUCCUGCCUUCGUUACAGACCCGCAUAUCCGUCGAAAGCUUUAGCACGGGCCUGCGGAACGCGACCACAGUCCCACACCGACACUCAGCAACCCAAUUUACGGCGCGUAUACAGUCCCACACCGACACUCAACAGUCUGGCACGGGGCCUACGGAAGAUGGUCGCAGUCACGUACCGACACCGAACAGUCGGAAAGUGGCUCCAACGCCGAUCGCGGCGCACUUCACCCUCGCAGGCACCGUCGCUAGCAAAGCCUGCCGGCGUGGGGCCUCCGCGGAGAAGUUCCCGCUACUCAUCUACGUCGUGCCGCACCCAUCGAAGUCGCGACGGCCACAUGUGCAGUUGCUCGCCGUGAUCAACAGUCCAGCAUGGGGUCUGUGGAAGGCGGCUACAGUUCUACAUCGACCUGCAUCGACCCCAAACAGUCAGUAG